AAAGAAACCACACAACCUCUCCAGCUCUCUAUCUCUCUCUACUCCGACUACUCCCCUAACUUUAUCCACCCGAAUCAUCUCAUCAUGGCCGACCAACUACUCAUCAAGCUCGAAAAGCAGCGGGACGAGGUCGAAUCCCUCCAUCAAAUCGUGACCAAUGUCAUCCAGUAUGGUACAGACAUCGGUGCCUUGAAGGCAGAAAACACGUUCCUUAAGGAAGAGAACAAGAAGAAGGACGAGCAGUUCCAGGCCCUGAUGAAAAAACUCGAAGAAGCGACAACUGGAAUUCAGACCUUGACUACCAAGGUCGAUGAGCUCACCACCACUGUCGGGGAGCUCACGCCCAAGAUUGACAAGUUGAAUACCAAGAUGAAGAACUCACUCAAAACACAGGGGGAUCUGAUCAACAAGGUCGAAGAAGCUAGGCAGCGCUGGGUGAACAGGUGCAUCGCCUUGAUUAACCAGAAGAGGGGGAUCCAUAAUCCCUUACGCAGCGUUGAUCCUUCCAACGUCGGGGUGGAUGUCGAGACCACCGGGGAGGCUGUCAAGAAGCUCGAGACUAUGAAGAAGGGCGAGCUCGACAAAGUUGCCUCUCAGGUCGGCGUGCCUGACAGCCUCAUCGCCACCAACAACAUGGGGUCCACCAGGGCGAUUGUUGAAGCCAUCAUCCGUGCCCAACUCUGAUCGCUCCCUCGACUCCCUCCCUAUAAUAACGACUGUUACGACAACAAACUUGAAGAUCACGAAUAGCAGCGAAUGAGCGGGCUCUUGUAUAAUGAAUAGACUCGCAUGACCGGAUACAUGAUGGGACCCA